CAAGUCAGCCAUUGAAACACGUGCAUGAAUCGUAGCCGUGGUGUUUGUGUUGAGACUGUGUAUUCAUACAUCAUGGCUUCAGGCAAUAAUGAUAGUAAUAUUAUCAGAGAAGGAAAUUUUGUAAUUGUUAAAACUGAAGCCAUUCUAAGGCUAGUGGAAUUGAAAAACAAUAAACCACAAUAUCUCGGUAAGCGUAAAGCGCGUUUUUUUGCUGCUGUAGGUCAUCCGUAUGGGUCAUUUUUCGAAAUAAAAUCCGAUGGUUCGUUGAUAAAAUUAGAGAAACCUGUUGAGAAUUUGCUCCUUAAAGUGGAUGAUGAUGGGGAAGCAAAAGACAAUCGCUCAUUGACUGAUACCGGCGAGUCGCAGAAAUUGACUACGAGUGACAUUGAGGCUUUCAAGAAACAGGGACUCUCCGGACAAGAAAUGGUGAUAAAAAUCGUCGAGAAUAGCAGUUCAUUUCAAGAUAAAACAGCUUUCGCGAAAGAGAAAUAUCUACGUAAAAAGCAAAAGAAGUAUUUGAACUAUGUCCAGUUGCUUAAACCGAACAUCCGACUUCUUGCAGAAAUGUAUUACAUGCAAGGACCCCUCAAAAUUUGUAAUUUGCGAAUUGAUUCUUUGUCUCAAAUGCUUGCUUUCUGUAAUGUAAUGUCUGGUGGUAAAUUUAUGAUUAUGGAUACUGUUAAUGGUUUGUUAACAGCAUCUGUACUGGAGCGAUUAGGUUCUGAAGGAUGUGCUGUUCAGUUACAUUUGGGUCCUUUUUCCAUUCAUUGUUAUCAUCAAGUAAUCAGAGCUCUUAAUAUUACUUCAGAUGUUUUGCAAACACUUCUUUAUAACAUUAAUGUAAGAAAUGCACUGUCUUUACUAGAAGAAAAUAAAAUAGAAGAUGAUGAUGCCAUGUUGGUUGAUCCUCAGGAAAACAGUGCUAUUCAGACUGAUUCUUCAAAAGACAGAAUUGCCAAAACAGAGAAGAAAGAUCAUAUUAAAAAGGUUAAAGAACUUCUAAACCAUAAGAAUAUGGAUAGUUUAUUGAUUGCUGUGAAAAACCAUCCUUUAAGUGUAUUACAGUUACUAGAUUUCCUUUCUUUUUCAAGACCUUUUGCUAUCUUUUCCAUGUUUCAAGAACCACUGGUGGACUGUUACGUAAAACUGAAGUCAAGAGGCGAUAUCAUAUCUCUUAAUAUUAGUGAAACUUGGCUUCGUAAAUAUCAAGUACUCCCUGAAAGAACUCAUCCAUGCUAUCAAAUGUCGGGACAUGGUGGCUUUUUGUUAACUGGCAUUAAAGUUGCUCCAAAGCAGUGAAAUUGUAAUUUUUGUUUGAAUGCAAAUAAAAUUUGUUUGUUACUUUUA